AUGCAUCUAAAACAUCUCCUCGCUGCCGUUCAAAUCGGCCUCGCAGUCGCUUUGCCGGCGCCCGAUUUGAACACAGUAGACGUGAAUCCGACAAACGGGACAGUAACAGACAUGUCUCGCUAUAUCCCAUGUGAUAAAAAGACUAUCAAAAAAUACUGCAACAAGACCUGCCCUGCGUGGUGCUCCGUAGCCUCCCCCAAAUGCUGGAGCUGCGUCGCCGUAUGUGCCCAAGCCCAGUACUAUUGGGACGUCCAUUGCAACGACAAGCUGGGGAAAUGCGCCCGGAAAGGCGAAAAGUGCAAAGAGGACAUGAAAGAGUGCACCUAUGGGAAGAUUGAGGACUGCUCCAAGAAGUAUGCUAAAUGCAUUCAGCAGGGGGAGCUAUGCCAGGGCCAGCUGAACACUCUUCAGGAGAUGGGCAAAGGGGUCGUUGUAUCGGAAGGGACUGAGUUUGGGAAGAAGCGUGUCGUUUGUCGGAUUCUUUAA